AAUCUUCAACGACACGUCGGUUUUGGAACUAGAAGAGAGGCGGGGGUACGCGAUGGCCUCGCGCUCUAUAUGUAGGCUCGCCCUCGUGCGCUCUCACCUGUCCCCAAACCCUCUCAUGGCUUCUGAGAAGGAUGCCGCUCUCUCCGCCGCUCCCUCCGAUUCUCCAACCAUAUUUGACAAAAUCAUGAAGAAGGAAAUUCCUUCCACUGUUGUCUAUGAGGAUGAUGUGGCGCUGGCUUUCCGGGACAUCUCACCUCAGGCUCCAACGCACAUUCUGAUUAUUCCAAAAGUGAAGGAUGGGUUAACUGGACUGUCUAAGGCCGAGGAGAGGCACUGUGAGAUUCUUGGGCGCCUUCUUUACACUGCCAAACUUGUUGCCAAACAGGAAGGCCUCGAAGACGGCUUUCGUGUUGUGAUUAAUGAUGGACCAAGUGGAUGUCAGUCAGUUUACCACCUUCACAUCCACCUCCUUGGUGGGCGACAAAUGAACUGGCCACCGGGCUAAGUUUUAAAGCCACGCACUGGAAUCGAUGGAGAGACUUCGCUAAUAUCCUGUCAUAGACACUUGUUUAGUAGCUGCUACUUUCUAGCGAUAUUUGAAUGACAGUGAAUGAAAUCCUGAUAAUUUACGGAGGGUGCCAUAUCAUCGGCCUCUCCGCGAUGGCCACAGGCCAAUACAGUCUGCUAUUUGGCUAUUU